CUCAAACAGAGGGACUUUGAUUCAAUUGUUUCUUCUCCCAACUUUCUUACACAACCAAAACCCUUCACGGCUUCGCCGUCCCCUGUUUUUUUCCGGCGAUUUUCUCCUUCAAAGUCGCAACCUUUCUCUUCAAUCUAAACUGGGUUUCCCUAAAUUAAACUCCUUUCAUGGUUAGAAUCUUUCCGUUGAGUCUAAAAAAUGCUAUGGAGAUUCACCUGGGUAAAACAGAGAACAAAAACCAUUAACACACUACUCUGUUCCUCUCCCUUCCACACUCACCUCUCCCCAAACCCAAACAAAAAAACCAACUUUUCUCAACAGCGAGCUCCUCUAAAGCCACUCACACACGACGACGUCUACUCUCGAUUAAAAGCCUCUCCUCCCGAUCUAAAAACUCUAACUUUUUUCUUCCACUGCGCGAAACAGAGCAACUACUUCCACGACCAACGAGCUUUCCACCUCAUGGUCACCGUUGUCCAGAGUCUAACUCACCAAUACAAAACCAUUGAUCGAAUCAUAGAAGGCCUUAGACUCUCCGGCUGCGAAAUCAAGCCACGUGUUUUGUUACUAUUGCUUGAAAUCUUCUGGCGUGGUCAUGUGUAUGAUAAGGCUAUAGAGGUUUAUAGAGGCAUGAGUAGUUAUGGAUACGUGCCUAACACACGUGCCAUGAACAUGAUGAUGGAUGUUUUAUUCAAAUCCAAUCUUGUUGAUCGAGCUUUAGAGGUUUUGGAAGGGAUACGUGUUAAGAAGUUCUUUAGCUUUGAUAUUGCGUUGAGUCACUUGUGUGGUGGAAAAGAUGUGGUUAGGGUUAAGUUAGUUUUGAAGAUGAUGGUUAGAGAAGGUUUUUAUCCUAAUAGUGAGAGGUUUGGGCAGGUCCUUGGUGUGUUUUGUGGGAGAGGGUGUGUUGUUGAAGGGCUUCAAGUGGUGGGGUUGAUGAUAUGUAGUGGAGUCUCUGUGUCUGUUAAUGUCUGGAGUAUGUUGGUUAGUGGGUUUUUUAGGUCAGGAGAGCCGGAGAAGGCGGUUGGUGUGUUUAAUAAGAUGGUUUGUUGCUCUCCGAAUAUAGUGACGUAUACUAGUUUGAUCAAAGGGUUUGUGGAUUAUGGUAUGGUUGAUGAAGCGUUUAGUGUGUUGAGUGUGUUGCAAUCUAAAGGUUUAGCUCCAGACAUUGUUCUUGUGAAUGUGAUGAUACAUACGUUUACAAGACUCGGAAGAUUUGAAGAAGCUCGUAACGUUUUUAUUAGUAGUUUGAAGAAUAGGAAUCUUGUGGCGGAUGAGUAUACUUUUUCUUCAAUACUCUCUAGUCUAUGUUUGUCUAGAGAGUUUGAUCUACGUGUCACUAUUGGUACUAGUUUAGAGAUGGAUCUUGUGAUGGGAAACUCGCUUAUAAACUAUCUCUGCAAGGUUGGUAACACAGCAGCCGCGUUGAAAGUGUUCCGCGACAUGUCUAAUAAAGACUUAGCUUUGGAUUGCUAUACAUACACUGGCUUUCUCAUUGCUCUUUGUCAAGGAAAGGCACCUCGUGAUGCUGUAAUCAUGUAUAACAGAAUCAUAAAGAUGAAGAACAUUCGCCUUGAUGCUCAUUUUCAUACUGUGAUGAUCAAUAGUCUUGUAGAGCUUGGUGAGUAUAGUACAGCUAUUCGUUUGUUUAACAGAUGCGUCUCGGAGAAACAUCCGUUAGAUGUUGUGUCGUAUACUGUAGCAGUUAAGGGGCUUGUGCGUGGGAGAAGAUUGGAUGAAGCUUGUUCUCUCUUGUACAAAAUGAAAGAAGAUGGUGUUAUGCCUAAUGGGAGGACUUAUAGGACUAUUAUCUCUGGUUUGUGUGAGGAGAAAGAUAAGGAUAGAGUGAAAAAGAUUGUGUUGGAGUGCAUUGAGGAGGGAGUUGAGUUGGAUCCUAACACUAAGUUUAAGGUGGUUUGUCUCUUGUCUAGAUAUGGUAGAGACAGUUCUGAGUUUAGAUCGGUCUUUGAGAAAUGGUGUGGAAACGUUGAUGUUUCUGAUUCUUGCGAAGAGUUGUAUGUUUCUGCUGGUUGAGUUUUGAGAGAACUGUAUAAUGUAUGUGUACAAUUCUUUCAUGUAUUAUAGAACUGAAAUAUCUAAUUUCACAAAUAUAUUUU